AUGAUUCUAAAUAAUGUAUUAACCCUUUUCUUUUUGCCAAUCCUUGUAAGUGCUUAUAGUGACUUUAAAAAAUCUUAUUUAGUGGACCACUGUGAUAAAAUUUAUUCAUUAGCCUGUUUCAAAUUAGAAGCUGCCAAUUGGAUUGACAAAUUUGGUGUCAGUAGUGAAUUGAAUAUUAUACCAGGUGUUUCGAUAUUGCAAAAUUCAAACAGUGUUCGUGUUGAUACUAACGCUAUUGCCAAAGAAGUUACCAGAGAAUUUCCCAGUGACCAAAAUGCCAGGGUCAACCAGUUUUUUAUUAAAAAAAUUGAAAACUUUCUCAAUGGACAUUCGUUAAAAUUAAAUCUUUGGAAAGCUUUCAAUGGUGAAGAAUUAUCCGCUUCCGAUGAUAUUGAAACCGCGAGAGGAGAUAAAACCAAGAAAAGCUCUAGUGGUGGAAGCGGAGGUAUGAGCAUGAUCCUAAUAUCUGGAGCAAUGAUUGUCGGUGUAAUGACAGCCUUAACAAUGGGUGGCCUUACAGCACUAGCAGGAAAAGCUUUACUUACGGGAUUGGUCGCUUUAGUACUGUCCGCAAUUAUUGGCCUUAAGGAAUUAGUAGGUCAAUCUAAAACUCUCAUUGCCCAACCAGUGUCUGUGCCAGCCCAUGAGGUUUGGGAAGAAUAUCCAGGCCAUCAUAGUAGAAUGACGCAAGAACUGCCCAAAGGGCUACAGCCAGAAUAUACACCAGCUUAG